AUGGGCUCAAGUCAGAUGAAUAAGCUAGUCUGGAUGUUGCAUCUUCUAGUGGCUGCAACAUGUUUCAUGCACACUUGUGUUGAGGGUGAGCCCCAAGUGCCUUGUUUCUUCAUCUUCGGGGACUCUCUGUCUGACAGUGGAAAUAACAACAACCUUCCGACGUUGGCCAAAUUCAAUUACCUUCCCUACGGUAUCGACUUCCCCUCCGGUCCCACCGGAAGACCCACCAACGGCCGCCACGCCCCGGACUUCCUCUCUGAAUUUUUGGGGUUGCCGUUGAUUCCACCCUUUGCAAAUACCAUCGGUUCAGACAUUCUCAACGGGGUCAAUUACGCUUCUAGUUCUGCUGGAAUUCUCGUUGAGACUGGCACCAGAUUGGGUGCUGAUAUCAGCCUGGGCGCACAGAUACAAAAUCACGGAGUCACGGUUGCUGCUAUUACUAGCAGGCUUGGGAGUGUUGAAGCAGCCCAGAGUUACUUAAACAAGUGCUUAUAUUACGUCAAUAUUGGGAGCAACGAUUACUUAAACAACUACUUCUUGCCCGCGUUCUACUCAUCAAGCCAAAUGUAUAACUUAACCCAAUUUGCUGACCUUCUUAUCGGUCAAUAUUCUCAGCAAUUAAGGGCAUUGCAUGAAGCAGGAGCCAGAAAGUUGGCGUUAGUGGGUCUGGGGCUCUUGGGAUCAUCCUCCAUUUUCAAUGAAAAGCAGAAAGUAAUGGUUGAUCAGCUGAAUUCAGAGUUCUCUGGGGGUGCCUCCUUCAUUAUGGUAAACUCAACUGCGAUCUUCUCUCUGAACCCAGAGUUCCAAGGAUUUAAGGUUCGAGACAAGAGUUGUUGCCUAACUGUGUUGACGACGGGGCUGUGUUUAGCGAACUCGCCGCCAUGCGAGAACAGGAAGGACUACGUGUUCUUCGAUGGCUUCCAUCCCACGGAGGCCGUGGAUGCAAUAUUCGCCAUGUCAGCAUAUAACGCUUCGAAUACAGCAUACGCUUACCCUAAGAAUAUCAACACUUUACUUUCUUCCUCCCCGUGA